AUGGAACCAUAUCAUGGUGUCAGAAUUCUCUUUGGGUAUAUUGAGGUAGAAUGGAACCAUAUCAUGGGGACGGAAUUCUCUGGGGGUAUAUUGAGGAAGAAUGGAACAUAUCAUUGGGUCAGAAUUCUCUAUGGGUAUAUUGAGAAACCCCUCUUGAAGCCGUCAGAUAUCUUGUUUUUCGCUGAUAUCUGUGCUGGUCCUGGUGGCUUCAGUGAGUACGUCUUAUGGAGAACCAAGGGAGAUGCCAAAGGCUUUGGGUUUACCCUGAAAGGUCCGUGUGACUUCAAGCUGGAGGAUUUCUUUGCUGGUCCCCCUGAAAUGUUCGAGCCUCACUAUGGUGUGGGAGGAAUCGAGGGAGAUGGAGAUAUAUUUAAACCUGAGAACCAGGAAGAAUUUAUCAAAUUCGUCAAAGAAAACACGGACAAUAAAGGCGUCUACUUCGUGAUGGCUGAUGGGGGUUUCUCAGUUGAAGGACAGGAAAACAUCCAGGAGAUUUUGUCCAAACAGCUUUAUCUUUGUCAGUUCUUAGUUGCCAUAUCCAUUCUUAGACCAGGUGGUCACUUUGUGUGUAAGUUAUUUGACCUCUUCACCCCGUUUAGUGUUGGGUUAAUCUACCUGAUGUACAGAAUAUUUCACAAAGUCUGUAUCUGUAAACCGGUCACCAGCAGACCUGCUAACUCAGAGAG